AUGUCAAAUAUCAGGAGGGAACUUCAAGAUAUGUCAAAAAGAACAAACAUAAUCCUUCAGUGGAUACCAUCUCACUGUGGCAUGCCAGGCAAUGAAGAAGCAGACAGGCUCUCAAAAACAGGAAGUAAACUUCAGCAGGUAUCUCAACUCACAUCAUACUCGGAGGUGAAAACCAUCAUAAAGAACUGCUUUAACACCAACUGGAAGAUACGGAUUGAAGUGGGAAAAGAGGAUAACCUUGAGUCACUGGACAGAACACAGCAAGUAAUUAUCUUUAGAAUGAGGACUGGCCACUGUCGCCUGCUCUCCCACCUCUAUAGGCUCAGACUUGCCCACACUGAUGAAUGUCACUGUGGUACAGAUGCCCAAACACUUGAACACAUUCUUCAGUCCUGUCCAUCAUAUACCAUGCUGAGACAAGAAACCUGGCCAUAUCCGGUGGACCUAAAAGAGAAACUUUGGGGACCGACGUCGUCCCUUCAACGGACAGCGGACUUCCUGGUAAGAACAGGACUGGAAGUCUGA